CGUCACUCUCAGUACUGGCGGGGAUGUGCUCCUGAGUGGUUGUGGUUGACGUCUCUCACACACUCCACCAGAGAGGACUUGGGUUGACGGCGCGCCAUGAUCAACACGAUUGUUCAUGUUGGCGCCGUGCCAUUUGGCUACACCAGUGAGAUGAAUGAGUGUGUGCUGCACUACCCAGAUGGUCACUGUCUGGGGACUCCCGCCGUCACCUGGUAUAACAGUGUCACAGGGAUGCCGCCAUUACCAGACGUCAUCCUGAGCAACACACCACCACCUUCACCCCUCCGUCGGGACCACUCUUGCCUGCUACACCUCCCUCAGGAGACUAAUACCAACACCUACGAUCCUGUCACUCUCUCCUCCACCCCCGCAACUCAACCUUCCUUCUCUCUAUUCUUUAAAAGACCAAACUCGACCAACACUUCCCCCACCGAUGAAUCUUUAGAACAGAGUGAGGGCGUGAGAGCAACCCUGGCCACACCUCACAGUGAUCACCACCUUCACCAUCUCCGUAAACUGUUGUGGGCGAUAGAGUGUUGUGGUCACGACUCUCUAACACCCGUGGACAAACGAGACAGGAAACAUGGACAGAAUGACGACAGUGGAGCAGAUAAACAGAGAAGGUGGAGACUGGCUGGUGGACGCCUCCGCAAGAUGGCUGACCUGUUUGAAGCUAACCACACCAAGAGAGUCUUUGUUGUCAGGGUGUGAAGAAGACUGCCCGGGACCCCCUGAUCCCUGCCAUAGCUCUCCCUGUCUCCCUCACCUGCUGCGUCUCCCUCACUAUCCUCUGCUUCGUCUGGUGGAGAAUCUACAAUAAGUUUCGCUGAUCGCCUGCCUGGGUCGCCACUACUUCACGACAACUCGCCUGAGAAGACUGGCCAGCAGGAGUAGGUGACCUUGGCUGACUCCUUCUGUGGGGUGUUCGAUAUAUCUGGCGUUUGUUUUACUCAGACUAAACCCACGGGAGACUCACAGCCUUAAUGACCCCCAUGACUUAACUGAUCCUCGGGAGUACGUAUCAUCAGCGUGGGUAGGUCAGGUCAGAGGACACAGGAUAAAGUUGUAAGGUUUAAGAUCAGACGAUUCAGCUGGGUUUUUUUAUGAUGGUGAUGUAAUUUUGUUCUGGUAAUUAAGGUAAUUUAUGAGGAACUAAUAUGCAGCAGUGAAUUUGUAGCUCUGCGUUUAAUGGGUUAGUAACAGUUUGUUUUGGUAGGUCCUGAACCAACUGCUAGGGAAAGGCUCACUGAACACUGUCCUUUUCACGGGUGUCUCAGAUGUAUGGUGUCUACAGCGCCCGUAACUACUUGAUAGAUUUCAGAUUAAUUUUCUUCUGGUUCAUUGAGUGAGUAUUGACGGUGUACAGUACAGCAGAGACACACGAGGGAGUCUCACCAGAUGUUUGUGGCCACGACUCGUACUUAAGUCGCCUCUUAAUACUGGACCUCUGGGUAGACGUGACCGGCCCAGCCUCUCACUCACCGCCACUGCCCUUCAGUCUUUCAUCGAGGAGAUGACUUUAGAUACCCAAUAAAGGCCAACAAUAUGGCCGUUUUUAAGCUAUACAGUAUAUGAUCUUUCUCGACGGCCGAGAGUAAUUUAUACCAGGGUCGUGUUGACGGUCUGUACAAGCACAUCUACUGUGGCUUGCCUGCUUGUUUUCCUCUCGCUACACCCAGUGCGCAUAACGAGUGUAGAUUGUUCUCUGUUGACAUGCCAGGGUUGUAGAUUUCACAGUGAAUAUAGAACACACUGCCCAGCUGGUUGCCCUGACCAGCUGUAGUAAACUACCAGUCUUUCAACAAGUCUCGUAUGACUUCCUAGGUUUAAGGCUGUAGAAUAAGGACAAUUGGUUUAAGGGACGUUUCAACAAAUUACAUUUAACUUUCCCCAGGCUGACUACAUUUAGUUAGUGAUGACUGGUAAGAAUAAUAAUGAAUACAAAAAACUUUAAUUCUCUGGCCUUCAUAUAAACGUGUCCUAAAAUUUUCUUUGUAAAUAAUAAUGAAAUAUUUACAUAAACUAUACUGGAGACGUCAUACAACCAACAACAAUUAUUAAUGCAAACACCGGCGUGUGUAUAUACUGUAUACUCGUGUAUAUAUAUACACACGAAGUCAGAAUCUCUUACAUACAUCAACCCAGUGAGAAUAGUUCACCUGUGGCACAAAUACGUAAGCAAUAGAAGGUCAAAACUCCAGUAUAAUCGUAUGUUUGUAUGUCUGGGAUGUAUAGCGGACUUACUGCCAUUACUAAGGACACUGUAUUCCCUAACUUGGUCUUUCAGUUGUGUACAGAAGCCGUGUGUAGAGUCACUGGUGCUUUAUUGUAGAAAAUCCGGGACACAGACACACUACCACCACCCCAGGCGACUGAUGAAGUAUUCUCUCUCUCAGAGUAUUAAACUUUCCAUUAUUAACUUAUUUUUCCUUAAUCCUAAAAAGUAUUUCAUAUGUGAGGAAGAUGAACAAUUUGUAAGGCAAUCCUAACAAGACAUAUACUGUACAUUACUCUCACACGUGUCCUGGAGUGGUGGAUGCGUCGACCUGUGCCAGCGGUCAUCAAAGCUGUACCACGUGAUAAUCCGACAGUAAUGUAGUUGUAAAUAUUCACAUGACAUCGGGCGGCGCUUUACGUUGAUGUGGUGAUGGAGGAGUGAGAGAGUUGUUUACGUUUUUGCUUCGGUAGACGAUGAAAGCAAGCGUCCGGCCCCAGUACCUCCAUGUGAAUUGCUAAUAUAACCCUUAAAGUACUUGUGGAAUUAGGACCAGAAUUGCUUAGGUGAUUGGUAAAAUAGGCCCCCCCACUCAUAAGAGGAUGCCAAUGGGAAUAAUUUAGCCAUUACGACUGGGGCCCCCAAUUCUAAUAGGUACCUGUCCUAAUUGGCCACACAUUUCCAUUACUUAACCUUUAGAUUGGAGCCUAGUACCUGGUCCCAAUUGACUUCAAUCUAAAUCUGGUUAAAGUUAGAUUGGGGCCCACCAGGACUGGGGCCCAUUUGAUCCAUACAGCCACUGCUUCAACCUCUUCAUCUGGUUUGACCCGACUACAUGGAGACACUGCCAGGCUGAUUUUGAAAUAGGAUGUUAAAAUACAUUGUUUAAAUAGCUGUAGACCCCAAAUAAUUGUCUAAGUCCUCAGUAUAGUGUUGCAAUGCUGCCAAGGAUGAGAAAAAGGUUAAUAUUUCAGGACCAUUAAACUUCGAGACCAAAAUUUAAAAUCACGUCAGCCAAAAUAUUAAUUCACUAAAGAAUGAUUUUCAUCGACUUAAAAAAAUAAUGAUUUUCCUUGAAUGUUAAAAACAAGAUAUUAUUUCCCAAGGUCUGAUUUCCAUUGAGAAUUUAAAUGUCAACAAAAAUUAAAUUAAAAAUACUUGAUGGUCAUCCUUCAUUUGUUUCGUCAAGCAAAAACUGACGUUGUAUGGGAGAGUGAACCUUGGCAGCACUGUGCGGGUCAAUACGAGUUUAAAGGACCCAUGAACCCACAAUCCCAGUUUCUUGGUAAUUCAUACGACAAAUUUUUCCCUAUAUCUGAAGAUUUAAAAUAUACAUUUAACACAACAGCUUCAAAACAGCGUCAGAAUUACACCGAAAUAAUACCGAGACUAAACUUGAAUUAUUUUACCUUAAGUCAGAGGGGAAAAUAUUAAACGUAGGAAUUUUAAAAAAUCUGGAUCUAGUUUUCGUGGGUUCAUCAAUCCUUAAGACAAGUUCGUACAAUAGAUGUGUUUUUAAUACACGUGAAGCACCAGCCUAGCCCAGUCCUAGCCGAGUGUGUGUGUGUCAGUAGAAGUGUGUUACAUUAAAUAUUCUAGUCGAUAUCUGAGCAUUCUGUGAUAUUAGUGUACAGUACAGUAACAUAUAUGGCUGUUCGCACAGGCAAAUUUUGAGUGUGAGCUCAAUAUUAAAUUAAUUGAGAUCUGAACGUGUUGAUGUGAUCAAUUUUUAUACUAGUUUCAAAAUGGAUAUUGAGGUGCGGACAAUCAAUCAAAUGCCGAGGCAGUGGUCAGCCCAUGACUCUGUUUAUCUUCUCAGUGAUCAAAAUUAUCCCUGACCACAGCCUCGUGCAGUUACUGGAUCUCAUCUCUCAAGUCAACAAGUGUAUAACCAGGCUCUUGUAGUGCUGCUUAGAUUGUUGUGACUGACGCACCUUCUAAAGAUUUCUUGGAAUUUGUAGAGACAUUUUAUUGGAUGUCAAUCAUGUCACUGUGAACUUUGAUCUAAAUUUUGAGAAAUAAAGUA